AUGAAAAUAUUAAACACUCAUAAUUUAAUCCUACUAUUGUUGGGAUUAAUAUUAUUUAUUAAUCAAUCUUUGUCACUUGAAUGUGAUUAUGAUUGGAAAUGUCCAGGUCUACCAAAUAGUUUUUGUAAGAAUCGUAUUGCCAUUUAUCAAGGUUUAGUUUUGGAUCCUGAAACUCACAAAUUAUCGUUGACUGGUCGUUACAAUACAAGUGUUGGAAGAACUCAAGGAAAUGCAUUCUUGAUUGAAAUCGAUACUCAAGGACCAUUGGGAUUCGUUGAAAAGUUGGAGUUUUUUGGAGAGAACCGUACACAUCUACAGUUCAAUAUCAAGUAUGUUAAUGGUCUGGCUGGUAUUGCUCCAGGUGGUCGUCCAGUAGUCGUCAUGCCACGUUUCAGAGCCAAUCCAACUGUCUCUCUGUAUGACCCAUCCACCAAAACUUACACUGAUUUAAUUCAAGAGUAUUCUGCUCAAUUCAAGGGAUUUGUAAAUGGUAACAAUCCAAAUGAAUUCUUUGGUUGUGGGUAUCAAGGUAUUAAAAAGUACAGUCCUCUUACACCCGGGGUCAUCCCAACCUCUGUACCCGUCAUGUCGUUCCUUCCAUGGGGAGAUUGUGCAGCUCUGUCCAAACAAGGCAAUACAUUGUACUUUGUACACUACGAGUAUUUGUUGGGUGUCACCAAAUCACAUGUCAUGACAGUACCUGAUAAUUGCAAUAACUGUACUUCUGCAACCACCCUAUUCACCGUUGAUUUCCAGAUCCAAGGCUUUGCAACACAUAAAGCAGGUAAUAGAGUAUUCGUCUAUUACUCUAGCCAAGAUGCCAUGUAUCGUGUGCCAUUGGACAAUGUAGCUCAACCAUUUGUCCUUGUUCAAGAACAAUGGAUUCAAUCGAUUGUUGCAGAUGACCAAUUUGUCUAUUACACCACCUCGGACCAGGUCAAAAAGGUCAGUCAACAGACCACUGUCACCAGCACUCUCUACGACCCCUCCAACCAACAAUACCUCAAAACGUCAACUUGCAACUGUGUCAAUGGUUUCACAGGAUCGGAUUGUCAAACUUGUGCUGGAGGUACCGUUCAAUGGAACUACGGUGAACCAUUCUGUGUACCAUUCCUCGCCGACGGAUCAGUAUCUUCUUGUACCGAGACAUACCAUUGUCUCAGUGGUCCAUAUGCCUACUGUUAUUACAAUUCUUGUAUCUGCAAGUCAUCCUUUUCUGGUCCACGUUGUGACCAAUGUGUAAAUGGUACUGUGUCAUGGGAUCAAUUUGGUCCAAGUUUGACAUCGAAUCAUUUCCAAGGUCAUUAA